AUGGUGAAGGUGCUCCCAAAUGACCUGCAUGUUUCUCAGUGGAAAUUUUGCUUGGGGCUUUCAAGUGCUCCUUAUGCAACAGCGGAUGAGUAUUCUUCUUACACUUCUGAAACACCUCUCAGAGAGACGAGAGGCAGUUUGCUUGUAAAGGAGUUCUUUGAUAAACAUCAUAAUUCUCGAGUUUUGUUGCUAUUGGUUGUGGUUUUGGGAAUCAGCAUGGUUAUUGGCGAUGCUAUUCCAACUCCAUCAAUCUCUGGUAUUAUUUCUAUUAUCCCUAUGAUAAGUUUUAGCUAUCGCACAAUGUAUCGGCCUCCAAGAAUUUCAUGGCUUUAUCUUAUUUUGUUGCAUUUAAUGGAUAUGCAAUUAUACCGUAUUGAUCGCUUGACUGAUUUUGGUGGGGCUGUUUGCCCUUCAACAUUUUGGGACACACAGGGAAUUAUCAGAGCUCUUUCACCAUAUUAUGUAGAUUUCUUUUUCAAAAAGGCUGCAAAAGAUGGAUGGAGUUCUCUUGAAGGAGUUGUUCUGUGCAUCACAGGUUUGUUGGUUUUGCAUCUCGAUGCCCAGUUUUCAGUUCAAGCCUAG